AUGGAGCUGUCCACACUGCCCGGUGCUGGAGCCGACUCCGAAUUCUUCUUCAACAGCAGCCGCCUGCGCGACUCGCCCUGGGGUCCCUUCCCCAACGAGAGCUUCAACCACACGGGGCUGCCCGGGGCCAAGGACCCCACCUCCAUCAUCAUCGCCAUCGCCAUCACCGCCCUCUACUCCGUGGUGUGCGUGGUGGGGCUGCUGGGGAACAUCCUGGUCAUGUACGGCAUCGUCAGAUACACCAAGAUGAAAACGGCCACCAACAUUUACAUCUUCAACCUGGCCCUCGCAGAUGCCCUGGCGACGAGCACGCUGCCCUUCCAGAGUGCCAAAUACCUGAUGGAGACCUGGCCCUUCGGGGAGCUGCUCUGCAAGGUGGUCCUUUCCAUCGACUACUACAACAUGUUCACCAGCAUCUUCACACUGACAAUGAUGAGUGUGGAUCGCUACAUUGCCGUCUGCCACCCGGUCAAGGCCCUGGACUUCCGCACCCCAGCCAAAGCCAAGAUCAUCAACGUCUGCAUCUGGGUCCUCUCCUCUGUGAUUGGCGUGCCCAUCAUGGUCAUGGCUGUGACCAAGUCAAAAGAUGGGAUCGUGCUCUGCAUGCUCCAGUUUCCCGACCCCGCCAUGUACUGGGACACGGUGACCAAGAUCUGCGUGUUCAUCUUCGCCUUCAUGGUGCCCAUCCUGGUCAUCACCAUCUGCUACGGGCUCAUGAUCCUCCGCCUCAAGAGCGUCCGCCUCCUCUCGGGCUCCAAGGAGAAGGACCGCAAUCUGCGUCGCAUCACCCGCAUGGUGCUGGUUGUGGUAGCGGCCUUCAUCAUCUGCUGGACGCCCAUCCACAUCUUCGUCAUCGUCUGGACGCUGGUGGACAUAGACAAGAAGAACCCCUACGUGGUGGCCAGCUUGCACUUCUGCAUCGCCCUGGGUUACACCAACAGCAGCCUCAAUCCCGUCCUCUACGCCUUCCUGGACGAGAACUUCAAGAGGUGUUUCCGUGAGUUCUGCCUGCCCUUCCGGUCCCGGAUGGAGCAGAACAGCUUCUCCCGAGCGAGGACCACCACCCGGGAGCGCGUCUCCACCUGCACCCCUUCCGAAGCCCUCAAUAAGCCGGCAUGA